AACGUAGGUAUUUCAAAAUAAAUUGUCCAAUUUUGCAUAUUUAUUGUUUAUUUUUUAGAAAGUAGUAUAUUUUUUAUUAUCUGGGAAGCUGUCAAUAGUAUUUGCUAAAUAUGGGGAUAAGUAUGAAUAAUGAUUUAUGAAUCACUUUAAAAACGAUUACGAUAAAGUUUAAUUUGUUACGUUGUCUAACUUUAAAGAAUUAUUAUCUUCAUGUUUUCACUACACGAUGUCGGCCAUUGGGAGAGAGUAUAUCGCUUACGCCAGGCAGCUUUCCACAAAUGGUUGUUUUAGCAAGGCGAUCGAUGUUUAUGUAUCUGCUUUCGAUAAAUGUCCUGAGUUAAAACCUAUAUUUGAACUAGAAUUUCGCGAUACUGUCUUCAAGCAUAAUGAAGUGUUAGCAGUAUCAAAUAAGAUUGAAGAAAUUUUCGCAAAUUUUGGGAAAGCUAUAAAUGUUUUUCCUAAAAGUAUAUACCUGCUAAAUGAAAUUGGUAAAUAUCUAUUUAAAUACGGUUACUAUGAAGAAGCUUGGACACAAUUCCAAAAAGCAUUAUCUGAGGAUGCAGGAUACGUGAAUGCGGAAAAGAAUUUAAACUCGGUUAAGAAUUUGAUGGUGGAGAGGUGGCAUUUUCGUAUGUUAAAUGAUAAAAUUCGUAAUGACAGCUAUCGCGCAGCUAUCCACGAAAAGGUUGCUCCUUAUGAGACCAGUGUCUUGGACCUUGGCACAGGAACUGGUCUGCUUGCUAUGUACGCAACUGAAUGUUGUGCAAAAGCUGUGGUAGCCUGCGACAGCUCUGAGGUUAUGACCAAUCUGAGUGAUUGUGUACUAGAGGAAAAUAAUUUACUGUUGUCUGUAGAUAUCAUAAACAAGUCAUCCACUACAAUGGAUGGUGAAGAUAUAGGAGGAAGACGCUCACUUUUAGUCACUGAGUUGUUUGAUGCCGGUCUAUUUGGUGAACAUAUCCUACCCUCGCUAUCUCAUGCGUGGGCUCAUCUUUUAUCAGAACCAGCACAUGUAAUACCUCAAAAAGCAGACUUCUUUGUAAUGGGGGCCCAGUCCGAGUUGCUUAGUGCCAAAUACCACCUGCGUCCCGUUGUCAAAUCAUAUCUCAAUAUUUCCAAUCUUGCAGUUCAUGCUAUGUCUGCCGAUGACACAUAUGACUGUGAUGAUGUUUACCUUUACCAAGAUAUGAAAUUUGUGACGGAACCAAAGUCAAUUGUUAAAGUUGACUUUACUGAUUGUAUUGACAUCACUAACAAAAUAUCAAGCGUUGAACCAUAUGUGGUUGAACUGAAAGCUUCAGAGACGGGGAGAGUUGAUGGUUUUGUUGGAUGGUUCAACUUAUACUUGACUGAAAAUAUCACACUCACAACUGAUCCUAGAGUGAAAACGAGGGCUACUGCAUGGCAACAAGCCAUCUUCUUUGACAGCAUUCCAAGAAAUAUUAAGGAAAACGAAAUUUUAACUCACAAAUUUAAUAUGAUUUUAGGCAGGCUGUCAUUAAUCCCAAAUGAUGAUACCGAUAUCCUAAGAAUUACUCCAGAAAUGCUAAGAUUUUUAAAUGAUACUGAAUUUUAUCAAAGAAUAAAAAGUUGCAUUGCCAUGUCUUGUGUUUACCUCGGACAGAUGGCAGAUAUAUGUGAGAUCAAUGUGAUUGACUUAUGUCCAUUUCCGAUAUUUGGCCUAAUGAUGCUUAAACGUGGCAUAAAAUCUCUAUUCUGUUAUGCUAAAACAGAAUAUGAUAAAAAUUUCACCGAAACGGUCUUAAAGGCCAAUGACAUUGAUAUGGAUAGAGUGACAUUCUUGAUUGCUGAAGACUGGACACCAGAAUGCUUCAAAGAUGACAAGAUCCAUGCAAUAUUCUGCAAUAUCUUAGACCUUGGCGGCGACUUGGAUAUCAGAUACAAAGACAUAGCAUUGUUUUUAAAGAACAAUCAUCUAGUUCAGGGUGGAUUAUUUAUGCCGUCAAGUGUAACACUUGUUGGUCAAAUUGUCUAUAGCCCCUGGCUUGAAGCGAAUAACCGGGUUGAUGACAAAAAUGUUGGCUACCAGGUGGCAAAACACAUUAACAAGUAUCAAGUAUCACAGAAUUUUGGUCUAGACCUAACCCUCGUAGACUACACUCCAAUAACAGACCCAGUAUCCCUCGGAGAUGGUUUCAAGCUGAAUGCUGAUGUUAUUAAUGUACCCAUAAAGAACGAUGGAGAUGCCAAUGCUAUCCUGUGCUGGUACAAUAUAGAAUUGAUGGAUAAUUUAGAAGAAGUGUCCACAAAAAGGCUCUAUACAUAUGUUGAUAGCUUGGCAUUCCUAGCAAACCCUAGCAUUCCAAUGGUGAAAGGCAACACCGCAAAUAUACUUGUAUGUGUUGAUAACGAUGGUUCAUUCAAGCUAAUGAUUGACACAGAGACCGCAUAAUAUAUUUUACUAAUCAACAUAGGUUUAGCUUGGUAAUGUCAUAAUUUGUGGUCUUAACAAUUUUUUUUAUUGUUAACAACAUAGUACUAAGGUUGUUCUAGUCUCUGCCUUGUUGUAUUUAAAAUAUAUGAGUUACUUCUCUUUGGGACAGCUUAUGUACAUAACCAAAUUAAACACAGGCACAAUGUUGAUUUUCUAAAUAAAGAUUCUGUGUUAGGUCAUUAAUUUUACAGGCUUAAAAUAUAAGAUGCCAGUACUAUUAUAUUGUCUAUGCUAUUUAUUAUCUACAUUAUUAAACGAUAAGGUACCUUUUGUAUUGUUAUGGAAGAUUUGAAGUCAUUGAAGAAUCAAAUCUCUAUGUGGACAUACAUGUUCAGAACAUCAAAUGAGUAUACUAUUUAGGAAUAUUUGUUGUAGGUUUAACAUAGUGGCUGCAUGUUACAAUGACUACAAUGUAAGUCACAGCUGAUCUCAUUACGGUCUAUGUAUUAGAUGUAGGGAGUAAAUAACUCUGGUCACAUUUCACAGUUAAAAUGUUACCGAAUACUGUCACACAUAUACUGUCUAGCGACUCUACCUGUUGAUUUUUAUGUAUAUCCAAAUUUUUAUGGAAUAUUGAUGUCUAUAUCUACAAACCUAUACUUCAUGGUUACACAAUAAAGAGCUGGAUGUGGAA